AUGAAUUCAUCAUCAUCUAAUGAUUUUGAAAAACAAUCAGCUUCUUUGGAAGAACAACCAGAACAUUUAGUAUUGAAACAUCAUACUUCAGAAGAAAUUGAAUCUAGUGGGAAAUGGUAUGAUAAACAAAUCAAUUUAUUUGGAUUAAAAUUUAGGUAUUCAAAUGCAAUGACUCAAAUUGUUAUGGUUGCUUUUGUCAUAUUUUUGACUCCUGGUAUGUUUAAUGCUUUAACUGGUAUUGGUGCUUCUAUUGAAGAUAGAGUUACAUCAGAUAAUGCAUCAGUCGCUUUAUAUUCUACUUUUGCAACCAUUGGGUUUUUUGCUGGUACAAUUUGUAAUUCACUAGGUGUUAGAGCAAGUUUAACAUUUGGUGGUACUGGUUAUGCUAUUUAUGCUGGAUCUUUAUUAAGUUUUAAUCAUAAUCAAAAUAAAGGUUUUGUUAUAUUUGCUGGUGCUUUCCUUGGUGUUUGUGCUGCUGUUUUAUGGGCUGCUCAAGGUCAAAUUGUUUUAAGUUAUCCAACUGAAGAUAAUAAAGGAAAAGCUAUUAUGAUCUUCUGGGUUAUUUUUAAUUUAGGUGCUGUUAUUGGUUCAAUUAUACCAUUAGUAAAUAAUUUAGAAAAUAAUACCUCAAGUGCAAAUGAUGGUACCUUUAUUGCAUUCAUUAUUUUAAUGAUUUGUGGUGCUGCGUUAGCAAAUGCCAUGUUACCAAUUUCAAAAGUCUAUAAAAGUGAUGGUACUAAAGUUUCAUCUCAAAAAGAUCCACAUUGGAAAACUGAAUUAAUUAAUCUUUACAAAUUAUUAAUAAAUGAACCGAAGAUUUUGUUUAUGUUCCCAAUGUUUUUUGCAUCAAAUUGGUUUUAUACUUAUCAAUUUAAUAAUUUUAAUCAUGGUAGAUUUAAUAUUAGAACAAGAUCAUUAAAUUCUUUAUUAUAUUGGUUUGCUCAAAUGUUUGGUGCUAUUAUUUUAGGAUAUAUUUUGGAUAUGAAAUAUUUUAGAAGAUCUAUUAGAGCUAGAAUUGGCUGGGUUAUUAUUUUCCUUUUAACUGCUGCUAUUUGGGGUGGAGGUUUGAAAUUUCAAUUAGGUUUUACAAGAGAACAAGUUGAAGGUGAUCCACCAGAAAUUCCUCCAUUAGAUUUUUCAGAUUCUGCUUAUGUUGGUCCUGUAUUUUUAUAUAUAUUUUAUGGUUUAUAUGAUGCAAUUUUUCAAACUUAUACAUUAUGGAUUUUGGGUGCUAUUUCAAAUAAUCCAAAAAAGACUGCAUUAUAUGCUGGGUUUUAUAAGGGUAUUCAAUCUGCUGGUGCUGCUAUUGCAUGGAGAUUAGAUGCUGUUCAUACACCUUUUAUUAAUAUGCUUGCAUCAUCAUGGGCAUUAGCUCAAGGUUCUUUAAUUAUAGCUAUUCCAUUAAUUUGGUUUUAUGUUAAAGAUCAUACUAGUUUAGAAGAUGAUCAAAUGGAAGAUUAUAUAAAUGAUGAUGAAGUAGCUGGUGUUAAAUCAAAUGUUGAACAUGUAGAAGUUAAAUAA